UAGUAAAGUCUCUUGCAACUCUUCCGCUAAGGAUACCUCUUAAGACCGGCUAUGAAUUCCGCCGCCUAAGGCCGAAUCCGCGGAAAAAGGAAAAUAGUUAGUCGACCAAAGACCUUCGGGGCGAGCCUUGAAUUGUUAUAAUGUUUGUUGGUACCACCAAAGGCGUCCCUCUAUGCCUACCUAGGUAAUCUCGAUCUUAGAGGUUGGCGCUCGGAGUAAUAGUUAGCCUUCCUACGGCCUGACUUUCAUCCGGCGCGUAACGAUCUCGCGCCCUUUUUUGGCUGCGUAUAUGCCGGGAUAUGGUAAUACUCCGAAGCUCGAGAAAUCGGCGUAGCAAGCAGGUCACUGCAGUUUGCAAAAAUGAUUUUUUUUCUUUUGGAUUGUUCUUUACACGACUGAAUUCAAUGAAUUCCAGAUUUCUCAAUGAAGUUCUUCAUUGGAAAAAUCCGCUGACGGGUAACACCAAUAUAAUAAUAUGGCGAACCCAGGUCAAUCGUCGCUGAUGACGUCGGAUCUGAUCGAAACUUCGGAUUGGGAUACUGCACUAGUCAUAACCGAUGACUGGAUCAAGAAGAUCGUCCCUGAGAGGCGGCAUAGCGGUUGGGAGGCGGUAGAACGACAAUGGGUUGGGAAUAAGCAGUCGUUGCAACCAACAGAUCCAAGGGUCUCAAGACCAUCUAGGGAACUUACAAAGGAAGAUCUCGAAGCCGUAGAACGGUUUCCAUACCCUCAGACAGCACUUCCAGCUCCACAACUGGAAUUCGAUUUCCGGAUGAAAGUUAUCCUGGGCUCUCAAUCCGCUUUAGUUGCUAUAAAUGACGGCUUUAAGAAGUUGUCCACAUUCUCCGACGGCACUUGGUCGGGUCGUUUUGGAUACGGUCUUGUCGUUAAUGGAGGGCAAGAGAGCCAAGAUACGGUGCAGGGAAAGACAGCGACCACUUGGGUAGAAGGUACACAUCGGCUACAGACCGGUGAUGAAGUUCCAGCAUUCAUCGAAUGUAAAACACGAGGAAAUAUGACUGGCCCACCAGAACUGGUAAAGGCGCUUCAAGACCCGGAAGCAUCAGCAUCAGUAAACCCGAGAUCGUGUCUAUUUAGGGUAUGGGUCACGAUGAAAACCACGGAUGAACGAUAUGCAGCGAAGAUAAAUGCGGGCAUGUGGGUUGGAAGUUGCCUUUGGAAAGGGUUAGAAGUCAUAUAUGAGUACGUCUGUCGCCUUCGCUGUCGCUCAAGUUCCAAGCUAAUCAUGGCCAAUUCAUAGCGCAUAUCGAGUGAGUUAGCGAAUAUCCAUCA